AUGGCUUCACUUCUUGCCCGCUUGGUCUUCUUCUUCUUCAUCUCCUUUUGCUUUGCUCAAUCUGACAAUGUUUUGUCUUUCGGAGCUAUACCGGACGGAAAGACAGACGCAACCAAAGAGUUUAUGGUGGUUUGGGAAACUGCUUGUACCUCGUCUCGUCCCGUGACCAUUGUGGUUCCUAAAGGCCGGUUCUUGUUAAGGAGCCUUAAGUUCGAUGGUUCAAAGUGCAAGCCCAAGCCCAUCACGUUCCGUAUAGAUGGUACAUUGGUGGCUCCGGCUGAUUAUAGAAUUAUUGGUGAUGAAGAUUAUUGGAUUCUUUUCCAGCAUCUUGACGGAGUCGCCGUCUACGGCGGAGUUCUUGACGCUCAAGGAACUUCUCUAUGGGAUUGUAAAAGUUCCGGCAAGAAUUGCCCUAGAGGAGCCACGACCAUAGGGUUUCAGAGCUCAAACAACGUUGUGGUCUCCGGGUUGACGUCACUUAACAGCCAGAUGUUCCACGUCGUCAUCAACGCUUGCAACAACGUAAUGCUUCAAGGAGUCAAAGUAUUAGCCGCACGAAACAGUCCCAACACAGACGGUAUCCAUGUUCAGUCUUCCUCCACUGUCUCUAUCUUCAAUACCAAAAUAUCCACUGGCGACGAUUGCGUCUCCAUCGGUCCCGGAAUAACGGUCUCUGGAUCGAAAAUGUCUCAUGUGGCCCCGGUCACGGCAUCAGGUACAUUUAUUAUGGAUCCUUCUCGAUGA